AUACUCGAGAUAAUCCCUUCAUCCAGGAGUUCUCUCCCCUUUCGCGUCAUCCCGGUCGCUCGGCCAUUCUUCGCGUAACCCGGCUUCCCGUUCUCCUCCCUUCGACUGGCCUCUCUAGUUCUCCGCGUUGACUGAAGGCAAUCCACCGUCAGACCCUGUCAAACUUCUAGAUUACAUUAUACAAAAGCGGAGGCACGGCUCGUCGAUCUCGAAAUCCGGCCAUCGGGAAUACUCGCCGCCAUUGGGAAACAUAAGACGGGGGUGAAAUGUGAAACGGAACCCUCUUUGCCGUCCUGAAAUUGUUGCUGAUUUAAUAUUUAUUACAACGGAUACAUUUAUCUCGGAAUAUACAUUUAUCUCUACACUACAGCUUAAUAAAUUCAUUUAGAAAUAUCGAAGUAUUUAAAACUGACGUUCAUGAGAAUAAUUUUUAAAUGUCUAAUGGUUAGUAACAUGUUUAUACUUUCAACGUCAUAAAAGAUUAUUUGCUUCGUGUAUCGGUUCAUCUACCUCCUCGUAUCUCAUAAACGUCCGUGUACAAUUAUCUAAUGGAAACAAAGUACGAUAAUCAUCAGACUUAUAAUUUUAAGCUUCGAGGUACUUUUCAUUUUACUUAUCAUUAAAGAUCGGUUAACGGAAGCCACGAGUCACGUAGAUUGUUAACGUGACUCCGCUUCGUCGACUAUUUUCUAUAUCUUCGAUAAUAUUCCUGAUAAACGGGUGCAAUGUUUCCUUAGCAUUGUUUGUACAAACGCAGUACUAAGUACACACGCACUUGACUAAAACAAGCUAAUGAAUAUUAAUUAGAUUAGGAGUUUCCUUAUCAUAGAUUCUUAAAUAUGGAAAUCACCCCUUUGUCCAAAUUUACAAAGAAAAUCACUGCCUUACAACUCGAUCAUCGUAAUCUCUGCAGCGAAUCACGAAUCAGAGGAGAAGCAAUCUUUCCACGUAACAAAACUCCAAACACAACCCCAUUCAGCGCAAAAACGGUACAGAGAUUAAUAAUGAUGAUAUUAUAUUUCACCAGGUAGAAAAAUUCUCUUUCCUUGUACAGUAUAAUACCAUCAGCAUUACCACACAAUUCUCCAUAAUGUUAUUUCUGCCUUAGAGUCGCGUCGAAUGAAAAAUUCGAGAGUUCUAACGAUCGAUCGGGCUCGAUCAAAGACCUUUGGCGUGGAACGGAAGUGGGCCAAUAUUAGCCUACAUCUCGGUGUAAAUCGAGGAUGGCGUAAUCGUGCGUCGAUCGACACGAAAGAUUUUCCAUACUAAUCUGGCAAGCAUCGAGGUGGGGGAAGUUAAAACGCCAUAAAUUACCGGGAAACGGGCUCGACGACUGCGAACAGACAAGCGCGAUCCUACGAAGGAUUAGACUGGCGGUUGAUAAGGCGUUUACGUCCUUCGUCUUACAACGUGGAAACGAGCUUUACGUCCUAACGUAAGCCUCUUGACUUUUCACGACGUUCACUAGAUGCAACCGAAUGGAAAACUCUUUCUUCAGGAUUAUCAUUACGACGUUGCGUAAAGGCGACCACCUGACCCAUUAGACUUUCGUUGCACGUUCCACUUUGGCCUGCGGAUUAAGACUUUUCAAUGAAUCAUUUAAGAAGUUAUCCUUGGAAACGAAGAAAUGUUUAAAUAAUUCCUUUACAAAUUCCUAAUUCCAUCCCAUUCUGCCAUCGAAAGAAGAGAAAGUAGCAAUCUAUAAAUCUAUGCAACGAAAACCAUCAACAGAUCAGAGGAAGAGAAAAUUUGCCUGAAUCGAAACGCGUUCCAGCAAAUCAUCCUCAACUCCUUGGAGAAACCUUUCGAAACCCACCCCGAUUCCUCGAGGUGGUAAGAAGUUUUUUCCGUAGACAGCAGGGAAACGGGGUGGAAAGCGUGUACUCGCGAUCUCGCGGCAGAAAAACUCUCCCGUAAGAAGAGAAUUAACGAAAGAAGCAACCGGAGGAUACUUUUUUCUCCAACCCUACCCACCCUCCGCGAAUGGCCACGGCACACGAUAUUCUUUUUCCUUCGAAACGAUCUCUGUCUACGGAAGCGUCCAACGAUAGAAAAAGACAGGAUCCCGUGUAGAAAGGAGGGGGUGGAUUGUGGUUUGGGUUUGAAGGGGGUGAGCCGCAGGAAGCUUGGAACCUGCAGACAGCUCUCGGCGCGGAUGGAGAAUGGCUGAUUCCGUGAGAAGGGAAAACCCGGGAAGAAAGGAGAAAAUAGAGCAGAGGGGGGGGGGGGGGGGGGGGGGGAGUCGAGAAAAAGGGAAUGUAGGAUGUUAUCGAGUCGACAGAGAGAGAGAAGAAGAAGAGAGGAAGAGAGAUGAGAGAAAUGGUCGGACAGAAUGACGUAGGAAACUGGACCCUGAAACCGAUUUAAGGCUACUUCUGUUUGGGAUUUAUUCUGUUACUCGGAGAUUAAGGGUUUGUCGUGGUUAAAUUUAAAACAUAUUUAUUGAAAAUAUUAUGUAGAACAGCGUCGUCGGCGAGGCAGUUAAGAGAAUAUCGAAAUACCGACAAUCGUCGAGCACACCUGUACAAAGGAGUCUUCGAAAGUUCGCGAAGGGACACAGUCAGCUUAUACUCAUGGAAAUUCCUUCUUAAUCCUGUAGUAAAUCUAAAAGCGAUACGACGGUCGUGCAAUACCAUAUAAUACGAUAGAAAUUCUUCUAUUCAGGGAUUUGCGUGCUUACGACCGAGACAGGAUCAUCGGGCAAACACGGGCGACAACGUGGCAUCGAUGUAAUACGUAGAAAUCGGCGAUUUCCAUCUUCGUCUACCGCACUUUCCUCAAUAACAAGUACCCUUAAACCUACCCCCGGGACCUUUCUUCGUUCCGCAUCGGCGCACGUGUCGUUGACUUUACUGUUUGUCACGUAGUCACCGCGCGUUUCUAACUAUGAAACGCUAUCGUUUUAUGGCGCUUAGUGAGUAUUCUUUAACCCCCAUAAGACCGUACUCUAAUACCUAUGUUUAAGAUUAUGCGAGGGACAAAAUUCAAAUUUCAAGCUUGCAAUUUCUUACUUUACGUAUCGGUAAAGUUUGCUUAACGGUACAUUUUUACAAUACCAUAAUAUUUUUUGCUUUUGGGAAUUUGAAUUUAUAACUUGGGUGGUCCGCGAUAGGGGUAAUAAAUGUUGGGUUGAUUUUAACUUUACACACAUAUUUUUGCAAGCUAUCCUUCGUGAAAUCUCGUCGAUUUUGCAUUAAUUAUUAGCAUUAUAGCAAAUGUAAGACUAAGAAAUAGUCACGAUACAGAACUGUAUACAUAAGAAGGAAAAAAUGUUCAACAAGACCCGCGUUGUCUAAGCAUUCCCGGAAUUCCACAUUCCAAGAAUCGAAGUAUAAGCUACGUUCGAUCAGUGAAACGUCGAUCGAUUCGACGAUUCGAAUUCGAGGUGGGGCUCAAGCCCGGGAAAAGUUCAACUGACCACGGUAUUGGUCGUAGAUCGCAAGUGGGUCGGUGCUUGUCUAACCUACGCGUAGGACGAGCGUAAUACCAUAGAACAAAAGGGUUUUUGUUAGUCCCGGAAGCGAUCGAGCCCUGAUUGGUCGGCCAUUGGUUCGGCGAGUACUACAAAUUGGCAAGGAAUCGUCGAGCGACAUGUCAGUCGUCUAAGAACUAUCGAAGACGCGACUAUUUUUGGUAAAUCUUACCAAAACCACCGGAACAAAUAGUCGCCUGUUAAACGAAAGUGGAGAAGUCAUGACGCUGGUUGACUUUACGCAAGCUCUUGAAUGUGAUAUAAGUUCAAGAAAAACCGAGGAGACAAGCUACCCUCUAACUCCUGUCAGUGCGGAUUCACCAACAUCAUCGUCCAGUUGGAAUGGUUAUGGGUACCAGAGCAACGGGAUGCAGAACGUGAGGCAGAGUUAUCCAUGGGGCAGUGAUGGGCAAAUGAAUUGGAUCAAUGGGCAACAGCAACUGGAUGAAAGGAAGCAACAACAACCUUCGAAAGAGGAGGGAAGACCGGCUGCUUCUGAGAGCAACCAGGGAGGCUGUCAAGGGACGAGGAAGCAACCAAAUGGAAAGCGCUCCAGAACAGCCUAUUCGAGCGCCCAAUUGGUUGAGCUGGAGAAGGAAUUCCAGUGUGGACGCUACCUCUGUCGCCCGCGCCGGAUAGAAAUGGCAGCCAAUCUCUGUCUGACCGAGCGCCAGAUCAAAAUUUGGUUCCAGAACCGGCGCAUGAAGUACAAGAAGGAGCAGGUAUUAAAAGGUACUUCAGCAAAGUCAGGGACCAACAAAAACGAAGAUCCAGUUCACAACAACGAGCUGGGAAAUGUGUCCCCGUCCGAUGCGUCCUUAAACUGGACCAUCCAGGGGGGCACGUAUCAACAGAACACCAUCCCAGCACCGAUUGACGUACGCAUUCCGUACGCCAAUCCAACCAAUCUGCCGAAUACCAUGGAUACUCUGCCUCACGUUCCCCGGGAAAUGUUCAACUGUACCCAGUACCCCGGACCAUCCUACUUGAACAACAUGGACACCAUUAAUCAGGUACAGCAAAGUUAUCCUCAAGAAAGAUUCCUCUUUAUAGAUCAACAACGAUUUGAUUCUAACGAUGAAUAUCUGUUACAGACUCUCCACCAACAACCACCGCCUCAACAAUCCUGCAAUUACUUCGGACAGGAACAAUGGAAUGAACAAAAUCAGUGUUCCUAUCCGUUGGAGAGCUACGGAUACCCCCCGUGCGAACGAACGUGGCCUUCCUGUGCAUUCGCUGGCAGUGGUCAGCAAGUGGGAUGUAAAUUGGAGAGUGGGCAUCCAGAUGGUUCGAGUGAUCAGUCAUUGGUCACCGAUCACUUGAAUUUCUGGAUGAAUGACAAUCCUUGCGAGUUGCAACCCUUAGAUCUGAACAGGAGCUUUGAAGAGAUCGUUCGAAGCAACGUCGCUUCAGAGUGUCAGGAAAUCACUUCUGAUCUUCUGAAUCUCUGAGGGUUGCAUCUCGCA